AUCUGACCCCCCCCCCCCUUUGAAGCCCACCCACCAUGGCCGUCGAGAAGGAGAAGAAGACCUGCGGGCAACUCAUGACGGAGUGGAAGGAAUUUAUAUGGAACCCGCGCACGCAUCAGUUUAUGGGGCGCACCGGGAGCAGCUGGGCUCUGAUCCUGUUGUUCUACCUGGUCUUCUACGGCUUCCUCACGGCCCUCUUCACCCUCACGAUGUGGGUGAUGUUGCAGACGGUGGACCAGUUUAACCCCAAAUACCAGGACCGCCUCUCCAUCCCAGGCGUGAUGAUUCGCCCCAAGACGGACGCGCUGGACAUCACUUACAACAUGAGCCAGACUGAAUCCUGGGAGGAAUAUGUGAGGAUGCUAAAUAAGUUUUUGGAGGUUUAUGACAACGCCAAGCAAGUGGCCAGCAACCGGGACUGUAUCCCGGGGCAGUACAACGAGCAGGUGGACAACGGGGUGCUGAACUACCCAAAGACGGCGUGCCAGUUCAACCGCACCAUGCUGGGCGAAUGCUCAGGCCUCAACGACACCACUUACGGGUACCGGGACGGGCGCCCCUGCAUCCUCGUCAAGAUGAACCGGGUCAUCAAGUUCUACGCGGGAGACGGCAAGCCCAUCAAUGUCUCUUGCACGGCAAAGAAAGAGGAGGAUGCCCAGAAACUGGGGGAGAUAACAAUGUUCCCUCCCAAUGGAAACAUUGACCUAAUGUACUUUCCUUACUACGGCAAAAAAAUUCAUGUAAACUACACGCAGCCCGUCGUGGCCGUCAAAUUCCUCAACCUCACGUUCAACUUCGACCACCACAUCGAGUGCAAGGUCAACGCCGCCAACGUCAACACGAACGACGAGCGGGACAAGUUUGCCGGCCGAGUGGCUUUCAAGAUCCGGGUCAACAAAGAAUGAGGUCCCCCGCCCUCCGCAGUCCGUCCUCCCCUCCGCCCAUCCCCUUGCACCCCAGCACCCUAAAAAAAAAAAGGAAAAGAAAGCUAACUUUUUUCUUCCAUGCUCAGAUGAUUAGGGUGGUGCAUUGAUGUUGAAGGAAGAGCAAGGCGGUUGUGGGGUGCAGGGGGGGACACCCCACUGCUGCUCAUCCUUUAGGGUUGCUAACCGUUGCUGUUAGACAAUCCCCGAACCCCGAAAUCGAAGGCUUUGCUUCUUCCACCUGCACCCCUUCAUCUGGCCCGCAUUUGUCCCCUUUACCUCUCUCGAAAUAUUUGGGAAUGCUGCUCUGGCUUGUUCUAACAACAUUUCCCGCUUUCUCCCCCUUCCUGCCCCACAUAUGUGGGGAGCUCAGAGGCUGUGAUACCCCCAAGUCCCACGAAACUCCCCCCACCCACCCUUUCCCUUCCCGGAGAUAUUUCCUAAUAUAAUAAUAAAUGUAUAUAGAUAUUUUUUAUAUAUAUUAAAAAUUAAGGUACUGCUGAGUCCUCUGUAUUUUCAUCCUUUUCCAGAGCUUUUCCCCUUCCCCCUCCUCUUCACCCUCGCCUUCUUUUCUACCAGUUUCGCCCCUGCCGCGAAACCCUUGUUAUGAAAAUGGCUUCGGCUAUGGGGAGGAGCGCAGGGCCAUCUUGGUCCCUUGGGGGUCCCAAUUGGGGGGAAAUUGCUGUGGUUUGGGGCCUACGACUGUUGACCGCUGGGAAGCCAUUUUGUCUCGGCCGCUCCGAAAGCUUCUGGCUGCCGUAACUGCGCGAAAGAACGUCAAAAUAUGCGUUAAACAUGGGGUUUUGGGGUUGUUGUUUUUUUGCUGCGCUCUCUAAAUACACUUAAUGAAGGAUUAAACCCAACUAUUCCCUCAGAAUGUUGGCCACCGAGCAAAAUGGCUGCACUCUCUCUUAGUUAUGCAUGAUGGACAAAAUGGCCGCCGCUCUCUGUUUUUGGAUGGCAGCCAUUUUCCUGCUGGCCGGUCCUCUCAGUAAAUCAGUAAACCCUUAUUCCUGGUUUUAGAAAGCGCAGAAUCUGGGGCAACCAUCCAAAAUGGCUGCAGGGGUUGAAGCAUCCCUACUACUACUUUUGACUUCUGUGUGGAAAUCGCUUGCCAUCUCUCUCUUGACUCGCAAGCAGCUUUUUUU